ACUCGCAAUGAGUCUUUCAGCUCGCGUCGCUCUGGCAGCAUCGAGCUGCCACGCACUCAAGUCAAGAGAGCACAAACUUACCAGGAUGAUGCUCCUGGCCUUCUCCCCUCCUUCACACAAACCGCAGACCAGGGCAUGGGCACGAGAUCUCGCAGGCUGUCGACAAACAUCCCCAACGAGUUUCCGAUAGAGUGCUGCCCUCUGGAGAAGGAGUUCAAAACAUCCUCCAGAAUGCCACUCAGACGACCAAAACAAAUCGGCGAAGGCGGCUAUGCAUGCGUAAAGCUCAUGAGACGCCGAGGAGAGACCCCAGACCAUCUCUAUGCUGUCAAGCAAUUCCGUGGGCGUGACUCUUGGGAGACCGAGGAUGACUACGUGAAGAAAGUCAAGUCCGAAUAUUGUAUCGCCAAAUCUUGUCACCACCCCAACAUCAUCGAGCCCGUCAGACUUUGUUUCUCGCAUGGUAUCUGGAGCGAGGUCAUGGAGUACUGCCACAAUGGAGAGCUCUUUGGUCUUCUCGAGAAGAAGUAUUUGACCAUCAACGACAAAUACUGCUUCUUCAAGCAGCUGCUACGAGGAGUCGACUAUCUUCACAACCACGGAAUAGCUCACCGCGACUUGAAGCCAGAGAACAUCAUGCUCACAAGAGAUGGAUGCGUCAAGAUUAUCGACUUUGGACUGAGCGAGAUUUUCAGCGGACCCCACCCCAGUUUCCGUAUAGGAAUGGACGUCGAGGCUUUCAAGGUUGAUCGCGUUAGGUACUCGCAACCGGCCAUCUUCGGAUCCCAACCUUACAUUUCUCCUGAAGUCAUGGACGCGAAGGAUGAAUACGAUCCAAGAGGUCUCGAUGUGUGGUCAUGCGGUAUCAACUUCCUGAGCAUGGUCUUCGGUGUGCACCCAUGGGUCAAGGCCACACCCGACAACACGAACUACAAGAAGUAUCUCAAUGGCUGGAACAAGUGGUUGAAAGAUCGCCCUGACGGAGUGAUUGAACCUGGGUCGGACGAUUAUCCCGACUGCGGCAAGCUCUUCCAUCUCCUCAACAGCAACUCUCUAGAGCGAUUGGUCCUGAGAAUGCUCAACCCCAACCCGGAAAAGCGCAUAACCAUCGCGGAAGCACUAUCGUCAGACGUAGUACGCAGAAUGGAGUGCUGUCAACGAGUCUCGUACGAAGAG